CUUCUCCCUGCUCCUUUUCCUCCCCCUGUUUCUCUCGCUUCAAUUGUCGGUGAGCUACUCCUCCCGACCUUUCUAUAUCUUCCCGUCCAUACCCCUCCAGCUUCCCCUCCCCUCCCUCCCUCUCUCUCCCUUUCUAUCCAUACCAUCUCUAUACCCCCCCUUCCUCCCCACCAUGUCCGUUCAAACCGUCUCCAUCACUCCCUUCACCGACCAGAAGCCGGGAACCUCCGGUCUUCGUAAGAAGGUCAAGGUCUUCCAGCAGCCCAACUACUCCGAGUCCUUCGUCACUAGCAUCAUCCUUUCUAUCCCCGAGGGUGCUGAGGGCGCUUUCCUCGUCAUCGGUGGCGAUGGCCGCUACUACAACACCGAGGUCAUCCAGAAGAUUGCCAAAAUCGGUGCCGCUUAUGGUGUCAAGAAGCUGCUGGUCGGCCAGAAUGGCAUCCUCUCCACCCCCGCUGCCAGCAACCUCAUCCGCAAGCGCAAGGCCACCGGUGGUAUCCUCCUGACGGCCAGUCACAACCCUGGUGGCCCUGAGAACGACUUCGGUAUCAAGUACAACCUUGCCAACGGCGCUCCCGCCCCCGAAUCCGUCACCAACAAGAUCUUCGAAACCUCCAAGUCCCUCACCUCCUACAAGUACAUUGACAUUCCCGAUGUUGACACCACCACCAUCGGCUCCAAGACCUACGGCCCCAUCGAGGUUGAGGUUGUCCACUCCACCACCGACUACGUCACCAUGAUGAAGGAGAUCUUCGAUUUCGACCUCAUCCGCGAUUUCCUCAAGACCCACAAGGACUUCAAGGUGCUGUUCGAUGGCAUGCACGGUGUCACUGGCCCCUACGGUGUUGACAUCUUCGUCAACGAGCUGGGUCUGCCCGCCAGCAGCACCAUGAACUGCGAGCCCAAGCCCGACUUCGGCGGUGGCCACCCCGACCCCAACCUGGUCUACGCCCACGAGCUCGUCGAGAGCGUUGACAAGAAUGGCAUCCACUUCGGUGCUGCCAGUGAUGGUGACGGUGACCGUAACAUGAUCUACGGCGCCAACACCUUCGUCUCCCCCGGUGACAGUCUGGCCAUCAUUGCCCACCACGCCAAGCUCAUCCCCUACUUCCAGAAGCAGGGUGUCUACGGCCUGGCGCGCUCCAUGCCCACCUCCGGUGCCGUCGACCGCGUGGCUAAGGCCCAGGGCCUGCAGAGCUACGAGGUGCCCACGGGCUGGAAGUUCUUCUGCAACCUGUUCGACAACCAGAAGAUCUCCAUCUGUGGUGAGGAGAGUUUCGGUACUGGCAGCAACCACAUCCGUGAGAAGGACGGCCUGUGGGCUAUCGUGGCCUGGCUGAACGUCAUCGCUGGUGUUGCUAAGCAGAAGCCCAGCGAGACCCCCAGCAUCGCUUCCAUCCAGAACGAGUUCUGGCAGACCUACGGCCGUACCUUCUUCACCCGGUACGACUACGAGAACGUCGACAGCGACGGCGCCAACAAGGUGAUCGCCACCCUGUCGGAGAAGGUCGACAACAAGGACACCUUCGUUGGCUCGACCGUGUCCGGCCGCAAAGUUGUCGACGUCGGCAACUUCGCCUACACCGACCUGGACGGCAGCGUGACCAAGAACCAGGGUCUGUACGUCAAGUUCGACGACGGCAGCCGCAUCGUCGUCCGUCUGUCCGGCACUGGCAGCAGCGGCGCCACGAUCCGUCUGUACAUUGAGAAGUACGAGAGCGACGCCAGCAAGCUCAGCCUCGCCACGGACGAGUACCUGAAGGACAACGUGGCUCUGGCUCUGGAGCUGCUUAAGUUCAAGGAGUACAUUGGCCGUGAGGAGCCUGAUGUCCGCACAUAAGCAAAGAGCAUGAUUGAUGUUCAUAGCGUUUUUUGAGUAUUGAGUAGUUAAUAAGGAAUAAUCAGUAUAUUUCUCUUUCAUAUAA